ACAAACUGGUGCCCAUAUGGGAUCCCGGCACAUGCAAAGCAAGGAUUUUAACCACUGAAUCAUUGUACUGGGCCCAGUUUUUAAUUUCUGAGUAACACAUGACCAUACAUUGCUUACUAAGAACAACACAGAUAAUCUCAGUUUCUAAGGUUAGAAGUCUAGCCAUGGUAUGGCUGUAUUUUCCACUCAGGGUCACAGCAGGUUGAAAUCAAAGAUAUUUGUUGGAACUACGAUUCAUGGGAUAGGGGUGGGGGUUUGGGAUCCUCUUCCAUGCUUAUUGGUUGUUGGCAGAACUUACCUUGUUAUAUUUAAGACAGUCUUCAUUUUCCUGCUGAAAGCCAAGGACUUUUCUUUGUUCACGGAGGCUGCCUGUAGGAUUCUCACCACAUGGACCCCAUAAGCAACUCACAAGAUUUCAUGGUUUUGUUUGCUUGUUUUUUAGGUCAACAGACCACAUCUCUCUGAUUUCUGAUUCUGCAAUCAGCCAGAGAAAGAAAACUUCACUCUUAAAGAGCUCUGUGUUUAGUCCAGGUUCACACUAUAGAAAUCUCCCUAUUCAAGCACAAAGGUGAAUGAUGUCUAACAAGGCCAGCAGGAUUAAGUCCAUAAAUACAAGAAUAUCGAAAAAGGAUAGCUCAUGGAUUAAAAAAAUCUUCAACUACAGAUGCUAUAUCACCUUCCUCACUGGCUGCUACAGUUGCCACUGGAAAUUCAGACAAUGGGAAGAAACUAAACUUGGAUCGUGUUGCUGUCCUCGGAAAGAGCAAGUCUUUUUUGUAUUCCUGGUCAUUUCAUUUAUCCUAUCUGUGAUUUUGCUGUUUAUGUGGAUUGAAAUGUCAAAUGAAUACUUUGGCUUUGACUGGGUCCUUUUUCUGGAAACAGGAUUCUGGGUCUUCGGUUCCAUAAUUUUUCUGAGCAUACUUGGGACCCUGACUGCCUAUACUACAUUGCUUUUGAUAGUUGGGGUUUUGUUGCUUCGGGAAAGAAUUGAACUUUACCUGCACAAGUGUCAUAAGGUCCUGAUUGUGCUGGUGAUUUUGUUCUACAUCUUUUUUAUGUUUAUGCUAUUUGUAUAUUGGAAUGAUAAAUGGCUGACGUUUGGGCUGUCACUGCAGAUCUUUUCUCCCUACAUACACCUGUGCAGCAUAACUGUGAUGGUGCUGCUUUCCUGGCCUUUGACCUGCUAUAUUGCUCGUUUGGAAAGAGAAGUUAGAGUAAGAAGAUACAAGAUGGCAUAUAAUGACAAAGAAAGACUCAAGAAAUGUAACAUAUUCACAAGGUUAAGAGCUCUACAACUGGCUACUGGAUUGCCUUUUCUUCUUAUCCUCAUAUGUCUUUAUUUGAUGCCCCUGGGGAUUUAUUCUCCCUGCAUUCAGAAAAAAGAGGAUUUGGCACCAAAACCAGUCUUCUUUGCACAUAGAGGAGCACCCAUGCAUGGACCAGAGAAUACCAUGAUGGCCUUUGAGAAAGCUGUUGAAUUUGGGGCUUAUGGGCUGGAGACUGAUGUACAUAUAAGUAUAGAUCAUGUGCCUUUCCUCAUGCAUGACUAUGACUUGAGAAGAACGACCAAUAUCAGAGAAGUCCUGCCAGAAGCAGCGAUGGAACAUCCUUCCCUCUUCAAUUGGACAUUCCUGUCAACUCUGAAUGCAGGCAAAUGGUUUCUACAGUCAGGGCGCAAGCCGUUUUACAAUAUGAAACCUCUAUCAGAGGCUGAUAAAAAAAGAGCAAGAAAUCAGUCAAUUCCAAAACUAGAUGAUUUGUUGGAACUUGCAAAGAAGGCAAAUGUGUUUUUGAUAUUUGAUCUUUAUGGCCCUUCAGCAACACAUUCUCUCAGAACUUCGUUUGUCAAGCAUGUAACAGAUUUGAUCCUUGACUCUAACAUUGAGCCACAUCUGAUUUACUGGUUGUCAACUCAUGACAGACAAUAUGUCAGGAAGAAGGCACCUGGUUUUCAAAUGGUGGGCCGUUUAUACACCACUAAAGAACUUAAAAAAGAAAAUAUCAGUACAAUAAAUGUUGACUACAAGAAUUUGUUCUAUAGAGGUUUCAGAGAUUAUAAAGCAGCUAAUAUCAACAUUAACCUAUACUUGGUCAAUGAGCCUUGGCUCUUCUCAUUGGCCUGGUGCUCCAGGAUUGACUCGGUGACCACAGACAACAUCCCGCUCCUGAGUCAGCUUGAUUCUCCUCACUUCUUCAUGACACCAAGGUACUAUAUAUUCAUGUGGUUUCUCAUGGACAUUAUUUCUGCAACUUUCAUCAUUGCCAUAUUUUGUUUUCAGUGGCAUAGAGAGAUGAAAAAAGAAAAAUUGAAUGAAAGCGUUAGCACUCAAACAGAUAGUAUAAGCCUCUCAAAGGAAAAAAGUGGGAGUCAAGAAGCUUCAGGCUUAUCUGUAAAACCUCCUGCAAGAGUUAUGGAAAGCCCCUGGACUCUAUCAGCCCUCAAACCAGCUUUAACCAAGGAUGUAUAUAACCACCCACACACUUUGCAUUUUUUGUUAACCCCCAAGAAGAAACUGAGGCCUGUCAAGAAUACUGUCACUCCACUAAAGCCCGCCGAACCUCAUGUUAAAUCAUUGGUACCCCACCAUGUCUCUGAACACAGCCAGGCAUCCACUCGGGAGGCCACCAGCACUACUGUCCUCCAAACUACACUGCCCACAUUGAAGGUUGAUGAACCAAUGCCCCCUGUAGAGGUUCCCAUGACUGAAUCCUUCCGUGAAAUCUUUACAACACUAUAUUCUAACCCAUCCAAUAUGUCCUUCACCUCUGAGAUGUUGUCAAAGAAGAAUUAAUUACAUACCUCAUCCCCAAGUAGAGUAGAUAGUCAAAAGGGCAUGAUAAAGACUCUUUAGACUCAGGAGAGUUUUGGUCAUGCUUUCCUAUAAGAAUGUAUCUCAAGAUGAUAGGCAAGGAAAAAACAGUUCUGUGUGCUCUUGGACCUGAAGCUAGCUGCUCUGAUUUUACAUGGUUUG